AUGCCGUUCCGGCUCAAGCCCUGGCGCACCCGGCGCUACGUCCUGAGCAAGAACUGCUUCGUGACGCGCAUCCGUCUGCUGGACAACAAUGUCAUCGAGUGCACGCUGUCCGUGGAGAGCACAGGGCAGGAGUGCCUGGAGGCCGUGGCCCAGAGGCUGGAGCUGAGAGAGACCCACUACUUCGGCCUGUGGUUCCACAGCAAGGCCCAGCUCCAGCGGUGGGUGGAGCUGGAGAAAGCCCUAAAGAAGCAGCUGGAUAAGUUUGGCAACGAGCCGCUGCUCUUCUUCGGGGUGAUGUUCUACGUGCCGAACGUCUCCCGUCUGGAGCAGGAGGUCACAAGGUAUCAAUAUUACCUUCAAGUGAAAAAGGAAGUUCUUGAUGGACGUCUGCAGUGCACUGUGGAGCAGGGUAUCCGGCUAGCUGGAUUGGCUGUGCAAGCUGACUUUGGAGACUUCAAUCAGUUUCAAUCCCAGGAUUUCCUCAGGGAAUAUGUGCUGUUUCCAGUGACCUGGCAACACGUGGAUGAGGUGCUGGAUGAGUGGACGCAGAAGGUGGCAGAGGAGCACAAGAGUCACUGUGGAAUGCAGCCAGCAGAAGCUGAGCUGCUGUACAUAAAGGAAGUGGAGAAACUGGAUGGCUUUGGGCAGGAAAGCUUUGCUGCUAAGGACAACUACACCAAUGACAUUUACAUCGGCGUCUCCUUCAUUGGCGUGUUCGUCAAGCACAGAAAUGGGAGAUCAAUCAUGCUACACAGGUGGAAAGACAUUGGCAAUAUCGCCCACAACAAGUCGGCCAUCACCGUGGAGAUAACCAGCAGAGACGACACCAUCAUGUUUCACACAGAUGACAUGGAAACGGCCAAGUACAUCUCGACACUCUUCACUGCCAGACAUAAAUUCUACAAACAGAACAAAAUAUGUGCAGAACCAGCCCACUCCCCGGCACCCAUCCGGAGACGGCCCACAUGGAGCCGUGCCUCACUGCCGAGGCCUCAGUCCUGCAUCAUCCAGCCCAUGCAUUCCCAGUACGGAGAGCAUUACCAGGACACCCAGAGCUCACAAGACAGUAUUUUCCAUGACGAGUCUUAUUACAAGUCCGAGACCAGCCUGGACCGGUGUCCGGUGGACUUCAGCUUUCGGAACGGGACCGUGCCCAACGGCAGCGUCUACAGCACCCCCAGCCUGAACUCCCUCAACCACUCGCAGACGUUCAUCCCGGCCUCGCCCAUGUCCUCCAACCUCAGCAUCCCGGGCAGCGACAUCAUGCGGCCGGACUACAUCCCCAGCCACCGGCACAGCGCCAUCAUCGCGCCCUCCUACCGGCCCACGCCCGAGUACGAGGCCGUCAUGCGGCAGAAGAGGUGCAUGGUCCCCCCCGACUGCCACAGCCAGUCGCUGCGCAACCUCAACAUCAGCAACGCCUUUGCUUACAGGCAGCCGGAGGCCCUGGUGUACAGCCAGCCCGAGAUGAGGGACCGGGGCCCCUACCCCAGCCACUACAACCCGCAGGUGAGCUACAGCAAGCCCGUGGCUCCCUCGGCCCAGGUGAACCCCGGCUGCGGGACGUCGGCCGGCCAGGCGGCAGGGGGCGGCAGCGCCAUCUCCCACACCGUGAGCACGCCGGAGCUGGCCAACACCAAGCAGCAGUGCGCCCAGGGCUACAGCCACAUGCUGCGCAACCACCUGUCACGCCCGCCGCCCCCGUACCCCUCCUUCCGCCCGGCCACCAGCACCCCGGACCUGGCCAGCCACCGCCACAAGUGCAUCGGGGGCAGCAGCCCGGAGCUGGUGACGCGCAAGGUGCAGCUGUCCGUCAAGACCUUCCAGCCAGACAGCUCGGCGGUGGUGCACCAGUCCAUGCAGGAGGUGAGCGAGCCGCUGACGGCCGCCAAGCACCACUCGGCGCUCAGCAAGCGGCACAGCCUGGAGGUGAUCAGCAGCAUGGUGCGGGGCAUGGAGGCCAUGGCGCUGAAGACGCUCAACGCCCCGCUGCCGCGCAGGAACACCCUGCGGGACCAGGUGGCCCCGCCACAGCCCCCGCCGCCGGAGAUCGCCCCGCCCAAGCCCCCCGAGGCCCCGGCCCCUUACCAGCACAAGAAGACCCUCUCCAACGCCACCAUGCUCAUCCACAGCAGCGAGAGCGAGGAGGAGGAGGAGGAGGAAGAGGAGACGCCCGAUCUGGACGUGCAGAUCCCGGGGCUCAACGAGGACAUCAGCGCCCAGUUGCAGGCCGCCCUGGCCAAGAUCCCCAACAAGCCGCCGCCGGAGUACCCCGGGCCCCGGAGGGCCAUGAGCAACAGCACCCUGAGGCAGGAGCGGGGCCGUGAGCGGAGCCAGGCGGCUGAGGAGGCGGCCCGCGCCAGGAUGAGCAAGGCGGGCCAGAACCAGGGCGGCACCCUCACACGAACCGAGCAGCAGACCAACUUGAACGGCGCCGGGCUCGGGCCCUCCAUCUCGGAGCCCGACCUGACCAGCGUGAAGGAGCGGGUCAGGAAGGAGCCGGUGAAGGAGAGGCCCGUGUCGGAGAUGUUUUCCAUCGAGGACAGCAUCGUGGAGCGGGAGAUCAGGCAGAGGACGCUGGAGAAGCAGAAGAUGUCGGAUUCCCUGAAGAGGCCUCUGAUGAUGGCGGCCCUGAACGGUCUUUACGUGGCCAGGAUGCCGGUUCCAGAGAGCCAGCAGGAGGACAUGACCAAGUCCUCCACUGAUGAGCGGUGUAAACUCCUGGAGCGGAAGCUGGAGGAGGAGCGGGUCUUCACCGAAUACGAGCAGAUCCCUAAGAAGCGGGCGGACUGCGUGGCCACCACGGCCGUGCUGCCGGAGAACGCCGAGCGCAACCGCUUCCGCGACGUGGUGCCGUACGAGGAGAACCGGCUAGAGCUGGUUCCCACCAAAGAGAACAACACUGGCUACAUCAACGCCUCGCACAUAAAGGUGAUGAUCAGCGGGGAGGAGUGGCACUACAUCGCCACGCAGGGUCCGCUGCCAAACACAUGCCAGGACUUCUGGCAGAUGGUCUGGGAGCAAGGAGUCAACGUCAUCGCCAUGGUUACCGCCGAGGAGGAGGGUGGUAGGUCGAAGAGCCACAGGUACUGGCCAAAGCUGGGCUCCAAGCACAACUCCGCCACUCAUGGGAAGUUCAAAGUGACCACCAAGUUCCGCACGGACUCGGGCUGCUACGCCACCACGGGGUUAAAGGUCAAGCACCUGUUGUCUGGGCAAGAGAGGACAGUGUGGCACCUGCAGUACACAGACUGGCCAGACCACGGCUGCCCAGAAUAUGUCCAGGGGUUCCUCUCGUACCUGGAGGAGAUCCAGUCGGUGCGGCGCCACACCAACAGUAUGCUGGACACCUCCAAGAGCUUGAACCCGCCCAUCGUGGUUCACUGCAGCGCCGGCGUGGGCCGGACCGGCGUGGUCAUCCUGACCGAGCUCAUGAUCAGCUGCCUGGAGCACAACGAGAAGGUGGACGUUCCGGUGAUGCUCGGGAGACUCCGGCAGCAGCGCAUGCUCAUGGUCCAGACCAUCUCCCAGUACAAGUUUGUCUACCAGGUUCUGAUCCAGUUCCUCAAGAACUCUCGUCUGAUCUGAUCCGAUCUGGUGCGGAGACGGGAGGGACGAGAUACACGGCCGCUUUCCGCUGUGAGAAAACACGGUGCCGGUACAGUGCACCUGAAAAAAAAAAAACAACUCUAAUCCAGCGUGUCUUUUUAAAUCAUCUGUCUUCAUCUUUCUUAUUUAAAAGUGUUUUUUUUCUCACGCUUUUCCCAUUCAUUUGUUGGUGUAAUGUCUUUGUUGGCCAUGAAGUGUUGGAGAACACUAGAAACACCGCAUCCUUUUGAAAGGAUGUGUCGUAUUGCCAAUUUGCAUCUCGCCUGCAUCUUCACGGGUAAAUUAGAGAGAAACAGAGGUAUGUAACACAAAGAGAGGAUUACAUACAGACAUAUCAAUCUCCUAUUUGAGCUGGCAAAUUCUUGUUUUUUUUACUGAUUAUAAUGGUUGUGGUAUAGGUCAGAUUGCACAAUGAAUGAGAAUUUGCUAUAUAUUUUUUGAUAUUCCAAAUAGGCCUCAACAGGGAGGCAAAAAAGGAAAAAAAAUCAAUACUUUUAAUUUUGUUUUAUAAUACUUUAAUAUUGUUUUAUAUUGACUAUAACUUUGAGCAAAAGACAGCAGAAUAUAAAAGAAAAUGCCUUAUUGAUUUAAAUGCGAAGAAUUGUCUACAAUAGUGUUUUAAAAUGGAACUCAAAGAAGUCAUCCUGUUUGUUUUCUUGUUUUGAAAGUCCCAUUACGCAAGAGAAAAAUAUGUGACGAUGUAGUUGCAUGCCACAACAGCAGAGGGCAGUGCACACUUGUAUUUAAAGGCCCUUUGAAGGGACAGUUACAGAAAAAUUUAACUAUAGGCUGCAGCUUUUCAAUGUUUUCAGCUCUGGAAAUGUGUUACGACAGAUAGUUGUAAAAUACAUUGAAAUCUUGU